GUUACCUGAAAUUAUUCAACUGCCGAAUCCGUUUCUGCCUGUCUCGUCUUCCGCUUCCACGACAAGCCUGUUUGACUCGCGCUCUCCAUAGCACGACACUCAUUCCUGGGCUCUUCAACAUAACGCUUGAAAAGUAGAUAAAAAUUUCAAAAUGGUCCGCGUAUCCGUUCUCAACGACUGCCUGAACAACAUCGUCAAUGCCGAGCGCCGCGGCAAGCGCCAGGUCCUCAUCCGACCAUCCUCCAAGGUCGUGGUCAAAUUCUUGUCGGUGAUGCAGCGCCACGGUUACAUCGGCGAGUUCGAGAUCAUCGACGAUCAUCGCUCUGGCAAGAUCGUGGUUCAGCUCAACGGCCGUCUCAAUAAGACUGGUGUCAUCUCCCCGCGUUUCAACGUCCAGGUGAACCAGAUCGAGAACUGGGUCAACUUGCUGCUCCCUGCUCGUGGCUUCGGUAUCAUCAUCCUCACCACCAGCAGCGGCAUUCUCGAUCACGAGGAGGCUCGUCGCAAGAACGUUGGUGGGAAGUUGCUUGGCUACGUCUACUAGAGUACAUACACACUGUACUCGCUACAAAAUAUCUGCUGCCACGUGCAAUGCCAGGUUGUACCUGCUGUAACUGAAUUUACGUACACUAACUGGACAAAAUGAUUGACC